AUGCAGAAUGGCAACGUCGCUUUUGUUGUUGUCAUGCAGAAUGGCAACGUCGCUUUUGUUGCUGUCGUGCAUAAUGGCACCGUCGCUUUUGUUGCUGUCGUGCAGGAUGGCACCGUCGCUUUUGUUGUCAUGCAGAAUGGCAACGCCGCUUCUGUUGUUAAAGUGCAGAAUGGCGAUGUCGCUUUUGUUGUCGUGCAGAAUGGCAUCGUCGCUUUUAUUGCUCUCGUGCAGAAUGGCACCGUCGCUUUUGUUGUCAUGCAGAAUGGCAUCGUCGCUUUUGUUGUUGUCGUGCAAAAUGGCACCGUUGCUUUUAUUGUUGUCGUGCAUAAUGGCAACGUCGCUUUUGUUGUUGUCGUGCAUAAUAGCAACGUCGCUUUUGUUGUCAUGCAGAAUGGUACCGUCGCUUUUGUUGUCGUAGUAUUGGGUUAG